GGAAUUCAAUCGAAAUGCGAAAUCGUCAAACUUUCACUUGGGUUUUGUAUACUCUGUCGUGGCCGCAGGGACAAGUGUUGGACACUGCGCGAAUAAAAAGUAUUUCGAUUGUCGAGAGCGGCAUUUCUUCAUUUCGCAGCAUCCAGUGACAUCCUCAUCGUUACAUGGCGCGCGAACCUUCGACGCCGACGGCGACGCCCUACAACGGCGGCAGUCCCAAGAAAGAAUGCAACGAUGUGUUCUUCUUGCUCAUCUUCCUCGGUGUCUUCGUCAUGACGAUCGUGUUUGGCGUGACCUACGGCGGGACCCUCGUCGACAUCACCAAAGCCAAGGACCUGAGUGGCUCGUCCGGGUUCAAACUCGUGCUAGAAUACGCCGUGUACGCGGGAAUGCUGUCGACGCUUCUCUCGAUCUCGUGGAUCGUCGUGCUGAUGUUCAUGGGCGAGUUCAUGAUCUGGUUCACCCUCGCGUCGAUGAUCUUGGCGUGCAUCCUCACCGCCAUCUUCAUGACCAAGCGACUGCAUGAACUCGGAGACUCGUACUAUUGGUGGCCCGCCGCUGUGUUUGGGACCGCUGCGCUUCUCCUCGGGCUGUACACGUACUGCAUCCGGAACCGCGUGAAAUUCGCCGCCAAGCACUUGAAAGUCGCCGGUAGUGCGUUGUUCCGACUGCCGUUAAUCUUUGUCGUGACGAUUGCCAUGGUGGGGGUGCAGUUGGCGUGGGGCGUCGCAUGGGUGGCUGGGACGUUUGGUCUGCUCAACCGAAUCGGGUACAUCGACAUCCCGGCCGCGUGCACCGACAACGUCGUGUCGUCCAAGACGGCGUGCAACGUGCAUAUCAACUACGGCGGCGUCGUGGGCAUCUUCUUCUUGAUGCUGUUCGUGUUCUUCUGGGGCGCGUUGGUCGUCGAGGGCAUCGUGGCCGUGACGGUCGCGGGGACUGUCGGCACGUGGCGCAACAACGUCGCGGCGCCGUGCAUCACCGUGUCGUCGUGGCUCCGCGCGUCGACGCUCAACCUCGGCAGCAUCUGCUUUGGGUCGUUGGCGGUCGCGAUCCUUGAAACGAUCCGCGCCGUGGUCGGCGUAGUCCAGUACAUUGCCGCUGCCGAGGGCAACUGCGUGCUUAGUUGCAUCGCGGGGUGCCUCCAGUGCAUCCUGUCUUGCAUUCAAGGAUGGAUGGAAGUGUUCAACCGGUACGCGUUCACGUACGUGGGGUUGCACGGGUUUAGCUUUGUCACGGCCGGCCGCCACGUCACCGACUUGUUUGCGUCCAAGGGAUGGACCGCGAUAGUCAACGACGACUUGGCGUCAUGGGUGUUCUUCCUCGGCAAUCUCGUCGUCGGCGCGCUCUCGGCAUGGAUCGGCCUCCACUUUGUCGACGAUAUCUCGUCCAAAGCUGUGUUUCCUGGCGUGGCCAAGCCAGAGUACUUGGUCGUGAUCAGUGCCUUCUUGAUUGGGUACAUUGUCAACAGUGUAUUCAUGACGGUCAUGGCGAGCGCUGUCACGACUGUGUUUGUGCUGUGGGCAGAGGACCCCCAAGGAUGGCAAUUGACCCAUCCCGAUCAUUAUGCCCGCCUCCACGCCGCGUGGCUCCAAGUUCACCCGAACGAGUACAACGACGGCCACGGCAAAGCCACAACACCCGCCGCCGCCGUGUAAUGUCAUGUCUAUUUUUCUCGUGUGUGUUGUUGGUUGGCUGCUCUCGUUGACGUGGGCAGGAAGUAGUAAGUACAUAGUAUAUUGUGAAGAGACUUGCUGGAUUCGAGCGGUUGCAUGGAGCAUCCUCGUCCUCCAUAGCAAUCUCUCAUGUUGGUGACUGACGGCGGUAUGUGAGGUGUGUACGUUGACGAGAUGAUUGUUUCGCCAACUUGGUGCGCUACGGACGUACUGUAUGUACUAUGUUGGAUUCGAGCGGUUGCAUGGAGCAUCCUCGUCCUCCACAGCAAUCUCUCAUGUUGGUGACGGCGGUGUGUGAGGU